UAAAGUCGGCUGGCACGGAAUCUUUUCAUAUUAACAUUUAUUACAAUUUAUCCGUAAUAAUUGGAUUUUUGGCAGAUUCUACAAUAGUGACAACUUGUAGAGGAUCCGAAUCAAACACAUAAAACCGUACAGCUAAGGUUUAUUGUCUUGAAAAGAAGGAUGGGCAGAGAAGAUGUCACGCUGUUCUCCGUGAUGAUUGCACUUGUGACAGGCUCCAGAGUUUGUGCUGAUGAUGCGCCCCCCCACAUUGUUCACCACCCCUCUGAUUUGGUGGUGAAAUUUGGAAAACCUGCCACAUUCUCCUGCCGGGCAGAUGGCAACCCGAAGCCGACCAUUGAGUGGCUGCACGAUGGCCAGCCACUGGAGAUUACAACGGGAGAUGGCCAACUCCAGCCCAUGUUUUUGUCAGAUGAUAGGCUCUUCUUCCUGAGUGUGGGUAAACGCGGCCAAUCACAUGAGGGCAUCUACACCUGUGUAGCCAGGAACAGCGCGGGAACAGCCAUCAGUCACAAUGCAUCGCUACACAUUGCAACACUGCAAGAUGCGUUCACUGUGCAGCCAAAUGAUGUCGAGGUGGCCGAGGGAGAGGUGGCUGUCUUAAACUGUGGCCCACCUGUCGGUCACCCUGAACCUAACAUAAUUUGGAGGAAAGAUGGCCUGUCAAUCAAUAACACAGAUUUCCACUACACGGAGUUGAAUGGGAAGCUUAUCAUCGAUCCUGCGAAGAAGAACCACUCUGGUGCCUAUGUGUGUGUGGCCAGCAACACUAUGGGAGUGCGAGAGAGCAGAGCAGCACGUCUGUCUGUGCUUGCAAAACCAGUUUUGGUGCUGAAGCCGGAAAACGUGUCGGUGAGAAUGGGGGAGUCUGCCCAGUUCUACUGCCAAGCAAAAGGUGACCCUCCACCUGCUGUGGUCUGGAGCAGAGAGCAGGGGCCACUGCCCAAUGGCAGGUAUCUUGUGAACCCAGACCAGACACUCCAGAUGCAUUAUCUGACGAUGGAAGAUGCUGGCAAGUACACCUGCACCGCAGUCAAUGAUGUAGGUGUGGUCACUGCCACCGCACACUUAUUCGUUGAAGCUUCCAGUACAAAACAGAAAGACCUCCACAAAGAAUUGUCUGCCCUGCGUGCUACUCUGGAAAACGUCAGCAUCAUGCACCCAGGGUCUAAUAUGUCACAAGUAGAGUGGAAGCUCCAGUCCGUCCUCACUCAACCUCAUUACCUUGAUGGCUUUGAAGUUCUCUAUCGUUCCCUGCUACCUGCCAGCUCAAACUGGGUUGCAAAAAAAGCAACAGUGCCGAGCUUUCAAACACAGGUUGGCCCCUUAAAAAGAGGCUACAAGUAUGAGUUUAAGGUUCGUCCAUAUGGCAGCAGCUUGUAUGGACGGGAGAGUAACACCCGUCUCCUCACAGUCCCAGAGACAGUGCCCAGUGCUGCUCCACUGGCUGUUUCAAUAACUGUCAGCCAUAAUCACAAUAACUCCAUCCACCUAAACUGGGAGCCUCCUCCUUUGGAAUCUCUCAAUGGGAUCAUACAGGGUUACCAGGUGUGGUGCGUGGAGUCGGAUGAGCAACUGUACCAAAACUGGACAGUUGAUAGCAGCCGGCAUAGUCUUGAUGUUUAUUUCCUGCAACCAGGGAAACGCUACUGGAUUACUAUUGCCGCAGUCAAUGGUGCUGGAGUAGGAAUCCUCAGUGACCCUCAUGGAGUCGUCAUAAACCCACAGAUUGGUUUUACCUCUGAGACAGACAGCCACAGACUGGAUCAGUCUACCUUUUUGGCCCUGCUUCAGGACCCGAUAUUGAUUGGCAGCAUCGGUGCCCUCUUGUGGUUCAUUUUAAUGGUUGCAGCUGUCUGUCUUCUAAAACGCCACAGCAAGAUGUGUCACCUCAUACCAGGACGUGACCGGGCUAAAAGUUUGCAUAGAUUAGCCACUGAAGAUCUCUUCAUAAAUCACAGGAUAACAGUUCCAGACUCUCCUUGGAUUUCUGGGAGUUGGAGACCAGCGUUUAACCAGAAGUACCAAGACUUGUGGGUUCAGGGUCACAAACACUCUGGGAUUAGCAGCACAAGUUUUCCAGUGCCAACCAAGAAGGACCCAGGCUGUUUGAACCCAGAUUUUCCAGUUGUGACUGACAGCUGCAGUGUCUACGGCACCUUUUAUGUUGAUCUGAUGGGAAACGGGCUAAAGACCUUCAACAGUCCCAGACAAUGCCCUAAAAUGCCUCACGGUCUGCCACAACAGCAAGGAGCUGAGACCAUUCAGAUAUUCACUCAGUCUGCCCCCAAGACCUCGCCCCACACUUGUCGGGAUGCAUUACCAUGGAAACAGUCCAUUCGACCUCAGCCCAAGAUGGGUGUGCUCAGGGAAAAGAGCCACAUCAAGCAAGAGUUGCACGCAGUGAGCAGUGUCCCAAUCGUAGCAACCGGGUACCAGGCUGGUCCACCUCGUGUCAGCAAACAGAGAUUCAGUCACAUCCCAUCAGGGUAUACUCAAGGUUCUGGCUGUCCUCGGCUGCUGCAUUACUCUACAUCCCUACACCUAUUGGACAUGUGGCCACCACCAGGGCUAUUACACUUGGAGGAAGCUCCAGACACUCACAGUGUGACGUCAGAUGAAGGAUCCAGUCGCUCAACAAAGAUGACAGAGGACUUGGGCUCUCUCCAUUCAGUGUGUGGUACCUCAAGCUACCAUGCACAGCAAGGGGCCACUGCCUCCAACAACAGCUGUCUCUCCUACAGCCACCUGUCUACUGCAUCCCACAUUGCAUCUCUGGAGGAAAAAAAGGACGGCACACUGACAGCACCGGAAGCCACUCAGUAUCUGGAGCUCCAACAUGAACCAGAAGAAUCUAGUGACCUCCAGCCUCUUGCCACCAGCCGAAGCUACAACUCUGAGAUAGUUCCCCAGAUGGACUGUUACACUUCCUAUAAAGUCCCCCCCUUUGGGUUGCACUGUGCCCGCCUUCAGAGCUCACCUUCCUCCUGUUACAGCGAAUGGGACAGCUCCCUGUGGAACACCUGGAGCACGGUCACAGACGGAAACUUUGCGAGCGCCCGUACCAGCCUCAUCAGCUCAGUGGACAGCUGCUAUACUAAUGACAGCAGUAACUUUAGCCACUUUGUAACGGCGGAGUCUGUUAGUGGAGCCUCUUUGUCAGACUUCUCACCACCCGCCUCCCCUCUCAGCGCCUUGUAUCCCUCAGCUUGUGCCGAGGGCAACUCACUCAGGGAUCUGGAGACGAUUCCUGCAUGGGACUGGAGCAGGAACUGGAUGGAGGAAAUGGAGGCUCAGUACAAUGCUCACUAUCCUGGCAGGAAUACAAAACCUGUCAAUGCAGAGGGAACUCUUACAGCUCGGUGUGGCCGUGCCAGCAACUUGAGGGUUCCAGGUUCGAUCCCCGCUUCUGCCAACCUAGUCACUUCCGUUGUGUCCUCGGACAAGACACUUUACCCACCUGCUCCCAGUGCCACCCACACUGGUUUAAAAAUGUAACUUAGAUAUUGGGUUUCACUAUGUAAAGCGCUUUGAUUCACUAGAGAAAAGCGCUAUAUAAUUCAUUUCAAUUCAUUUCAUGUUUGUUACAUUAAAAUGUUUACAAUCCUCAAGCAGGCUUAAAUAUUGGACGAGAUAACUAAGGUAAACACAAAAUGCAGUUAUUUUAAAGUGAUGAUUUUACAAACUGUCCAAACCUACACAGCCCUAUGGAAAAUAUUAAUUGACCUUCUGGAGAAGAUCUACACUGCUUACAAAAUGUUAGGCAUAUUUUUUGGAUGAACGAUAAACUUUCAGGUAGGGAUGGGUAUCUUUCACAUUUGAACCGAUACGGUACGAAUUCCCGGGACCUGGGAUCCGAUUUCCAUACCAAUUUUUGUUAUUUUUUCUGUGAUCACGUAGUAAACAACGUUAUUGUUUAAUAAUAAAACCUAUUCUUCAAAAUUUUACAUUAAACACUGAGCUGAUAAUGAUAACUGUGCUGUCGUUUGAUACUGAUCGGUGGCCGAUCGAUUGGCACAUCUCUAACAUAAACUUUAGUCUCUCUUUAAAAUGUUAACAUUUUUGAAGACACAAACUAUAUCAAAUGCCAUGUUUACACUGCAGGUCAAUUUAGAUUUUUUUGCCCAAAAGUGACAUGUAGCUGAUUUUUUUAUGUCAAUGUGCACGGUACAAUUACAACAUUUUUUAAAUCGGACCCAUGCCUCUUACAUAUUUAGAUAAAAAUUUGAUAUGUUUGUGAUGCAACUGCAGUCUGGCCGAUCGGGUUGCAUAAUACGUCAUAAUAAAGCGACAGAUUUUCUAAUUCUUCGCCAAAAUAGUUGGUCGCAAAAGAAAUAGUGCAAGAUUUGUUAGGAGCUGGUACAUAGUUUAGCUGGAUGACACCAAGGAUGCAAAGACAGGAGGCAGACGGUGAGUAAAAAUAAUAUUAUUCAACGUAGACAGAAAACUCACCCACAAAGGGGUGGAGAAAAGAACAAAAGAAGGCGAGUGCAAAAGAAAGUGCACGAGUCACGGAACUUCUUUUGUAAAGGGAACAACACACCUACGUGAGGCAAAUAUGCAAAGCAGUAGGCAUGGAUGUGUGUUUUUGUUUAAUUGACUAAAUAUGCACUGGAAAGCUUUUAACUAUUGUUUAGAAUUAGCUACUUAUCACUUACGGAACUUUCUACUCAUUUAGUCCCGUAGUGUAAAUGAGUAUGAGACAGUGUCCAAAGAAGUCAAUGGGAGAGCAUAGAGUGGGUUGUUAUUUUGCAGUAAAACUAGACAUUCAUUGGAUAAACCCUCGUCAGUAGGCCAGCCUGGACGCUGGGCUUCUGGAUGAUGAUUAGAUGGUCGGUCUGAGGCAGAAUCCUUUAUUAACAUCAUGGUCUGCGAAUCCAGGCCAAAAAAAGGAGAAAAUCCAAUGACCUGGAUAAAUGAGAACUUCCAUACAGACAGAGAAAAUCCAUGAUGAUUGGUUGGUGUUUGUAUGAUGAAUCACAAUUGACUAAGGUUAGGGCAAAACAUUACGGACUUGUCAAUCAGAGGAAAGAUAAGGCGGGUCAUCAAAACUAGUAAGCAAAAUCAUAACAGGCACGCACUCAUGUCACAUGACGAUGAGGGAGUCAGAGACAGAGGAACGCUUCAAGUUGACCACUCAAGAAAAACAAGAAACAUACUUGAAAAUGGCGGAGGGAUUCUCUCCCGCAGAUUAGAGUUUUCCUUUAGUAAUGAAGAUGACGUCCAGAAAACCCACAAUAAUCCAUGUCCUUGGCCAUAUCUAGACAUAUAUACGUAUAAUAUUGAGCCUACGAAUCAUUCUGUAAUUGUGGACUAUCAACCAGAGCAUGUUGUAAAAGAAUGUAAACUUAUUUUCAAUCUACCCGAAAACAUGUAUUUAGGUAAAAAUAUCAAGUUACAUUACAAAACAUCUUUGACAAAGCAUGUUGUAAUAUAAGACACAUUUUCAUUUUGUUACGUAGUUAGACCGGAUGUGAUGCGUAGCGCUAUAAUUAUGAAGUAUGUGGUUAGUAUAGGAAGAGGUGUCUUGACAUAGUUUGACGUUGCGACAUGAAUAAACAAUAUUAAAUACUUCCUACCUCGGUCUUUCCUCUUUGCUGAGGUUUCAUUUAAUCUUACGAAAUAAGUUAGAGUAACUUACAACCUACAUUUUAUGUUUUCAAUGCACUCAGCUGUAAACCAAACACGGAAGUGAAGCUCCACCUCAUUGCGAGCGGCAAAACACGACAUGAUGUCGGCUCACGGCGAUUGAAGACGAAAUAGUAUUUUCUUGUCGGAAGAACGGCUUUCCAUAGUGUGGCUUUGGACAUGGGGUUUCCAUAAUGUACUCUUUUCCUUGUGCAUUUCUGUCACUAUUUUCCCGCUCAUGGCUUAACAGUAUUCAUUCAUCCAUUGUCUACCGCUUGUCCCUCUUGGGGUGGCGGGGGAUGCUUGAGCCUGUCUCAGCUGCAUUCGGUAACUGAACACAAUUAGGUUUUCCCAUGCCACAGAAAGGACCGAGGCUCAAAAAGGAGUCAGGACGCUUGCACGUUAAUCGGGCGUUAAAAAAUGAGCGCCGUUAAAUUAACUUAUAGUUUGCGCAUUACUAUCACGUUAACUUUGACAACCUUGAUAAAUAAUGAACUCAUUUUAUGAUGUAGGCCGAAAAUGAGCUUCCACUCAAUUGAAGAACAGCAGAAUUUAUCGAGCGUGACUCGUUAGCAUGCUGCGUUCACGCUUAGCUAUGUCACUGUGGCGCUUAGCUAGCAGGGGAGACUGCCCCAACAAAGCCAAAUGGUUUGUGUAAGAUGCUUAAAGUGCAAGUUUAGCAGUUUGUGGCUCCAGUACAAACAAUUUAAUGCAUGAAUAAAGCCGGGGGAUGAAAACAUUUAUAAAGCACGCUCCUGCAGGAUACAUUUAAAACUUGGAAGAUUGGGCAUGAAGGCAUUUUGCUGGUAUGAAUGUGAAAUGGGUCUUAAAUUGUAGCCAUUAUAGUCCUAAAUAGGUUGUUGAAACUUGCAGAGACCCUGAAGUAAAAUCAUCACUUCUAAACUGCAUUUUGUGUUUACUUUUAGGUCUGUUUGAUGAUUGGUGCAUGAUGAACAAAAUACAAAGAAUAAAUAAAUCAGGAAAGGGACAAACACUUUUUCACAGCACUUAUAUUUGUCUUCAUGCAAACUGUAGGUUGUAGUGUUUUUAAAAAAAGAGUCUGAUUUUAUUUACAUGACUAUAUGUCUAAGUAUUGAUAUUCAUUUGAACUAAUUUAGGAUUAUACUGUAAACUUGUUUUUAUCUGUAUUUUUAUGUAUGCGUUAACAUAUUUUGUAGU